AUGGGUUCAAUGUCAUCUGAAAUUUCAACAAAUUUUUCAGGUUGCGUUAAUUGGCACGGGGUUGGUUGUGGUUCCUUUAUUAAUAGUAGCAAGGAUGGCGAGACCUACAUAAAUGUAAAGGGGGAUGUAUAUAAGGAAACAUUAGAAGACUAUCAACUUGAUUUAGAUAAAGUCACUCUUUUUCAAGAAAACUGCUCUGUCCAUAGGAUAACUGCUGUUAAAAAAUGUUAUGAAGAAAAUAACAUUAGGGAACAUUUUUGCUAUGCUGCAAAAUCACACGAAUCGAUAUUACUCAUAAAGGGUGCGGUCUCAUUUACAUUAUGA